GUUCAUCGGUCGUUCAUGUGUGUGAGAUGUUGUAGUUUAUUAAGUCUACUCUGGAUCAUGUGGAGUUGAGGCCUGAUACUUUAUUCCUUCAAUCAAACCGUCCACAAAGAAAAUGGAUCAAGGUUAGCGAAGAAGCUGUUAUUGGCAUCAUCUGAAGUAUAUACAUCACACAUUUCAACCUGUCAGGUAAAGUAAGGCAUUUUUCAGACAUGGCCUUGACUGAAGUUUCAAGCAACAAGUGUUUUGAGGGAUUUCAGAAGGUGUUUGAACAUGACAGCAAUGAGUUGAAGUGCAAAAUGAGAUUUGCCAUCUACUUGCCCCCAAAGGUAGAAGUUGGGAAAUGUCCUGUUCUGUACUGGCUGUCAGGUUUAACAUGUACUGAGCAGAACUUCAUAACUAAAGCAGGCUUCCAACAAGCAGCUUCUGAACAUGGAAUCAUCGUAGUGGCACCAGACACUAGCCCUCGUGGCUGCAAUAUUGAAGGAGAAGAUGAUAGCUGGGACUUUGGUACCGGUGCUGGGUUUUAUGUAGAUGCCACUGAGGAGAACUGGAGAAUAAACUAUCGAAUGUAUUCUUAUGUCACUGAAGAGUUGCCACGUCUGAUAAAUGCAAACUUUCCUGCUGAUUCGGAGAGAGCAUCCAUCUUUGGCCAUUCGAUGGGUGGUCAUGGAGCAUUAAUCUGCGCAUUAAGGAACCCUGGGAAAUACAAGUCUGUUUCAGCAUUUGCUCCAAUCUGCAAUCCAGUACAGUGUCCAUGGGGGAAAAAGGCAUUCAGUGGAUAUUUGGGCCCAGACCAAACAAAAUGGGAGGCAUAUGAUGCUACCUGUCUUGUGAAGAAAUACAGUGGUCCACAACUGGACAUUCUGAUAGACCAGGGCAAGGAUGACCAGUUUCUUGCUGCAGGACAGUUACUACCAGACAACUUUAUUGCAGCUUGUACAGAGAAGAAAAUCUCUGUUGUUUUCCGACUUCAAGAAGGUUAUGAUCACAGUUACUACUUCAUUGUUACGUUUAUUAAUGAUCAUAUGAAACAUCAUGCAAAAUACCUAAAUGCCUAAACCACUAGGCUUCUUCAUGCAUUUCAAAGCUAAGAAAUGCUUCAUAAUGAGAGCAUAACAUAUUGGUGAUAAUUUCAGUGGACUUGUCAUUUGCUUCCUUCAAAUGUAAUUGUGAAAAUUAAAAGCACUUAUUUUGAAAUGUCAGUGCAUUAUUCAGAACACUUAUAUUUGCCUCAUCUACUCAUUGGCACUAGGAACAGAAAUGUUAAUUGGCUGCUGACUAAAGUAUUUGUACUCUAAUGUAAUACUUUAUUAAUGAAAUAAAAGAAAUAUUUUGCUUUGUGUACUGAG